UCUCCCAUUUCUGCAUCAUUCAUAGAGAAUUUUCACCGAUUUUUUGACUAAGUACUCAUUAUGUCCAUUAUGGGAAGUGGAGGAAGAGCAUGGAGGUCUCUUGGUUCAGCAUUCAUGGGCGGGAUGAUGGCAUACAUUGCCAUGAUCUCUGUGCAGGUUGGGUAUGCAGGAUUGAAUAUCAUCACCAUAAUUUCAUUGAAGCAGGGAAUGAGCCAUUACACGCUUGUGGUAUAUAGGCAUGCUGUUGCAACUCUUGUUAUGGCCCCCUUCGCCAUUGUUCUGGAAAGGAAAGUGAGACCCAAGAUUACUCUCAGCAUCUUUUUACAAAUGUUCGCACUUGGGCUGCUUGGGCCCGUGAUAGACCAGAAUCUGUACUAUGCUGGAAUGAAGUACACAUCAACGACGUUUGCAUCAGCCAUGUGCAACGUUCUUCCGGCCUUGGCCUUCGUAAUGGCCGUCUUAUGCAGGAUGGAGACGGUGGAAAUAAAGAAGUUGAGGAGCCAAGCCAAGAUCAUAGGGACGGCGGUCACGCUGGCGGGGGCGAUGGUCAUGACCCUCUACAGGGGUCCCAUGGUCGACAGCUUGUGGUCGGGGCAGCGCCGUCAAAGUCAAUUAGGACCCACCGGCCCCGCCACCAGAGACGGCGGCACUUCCGGCGACGCCGACACCGAUUGGGUGAAGGGUGGCAUCAUGGUCAUCUCUGCUUGCUUCUCGUGGGCCGCUUUCUUUGUCCUUCAGGCCUUCACUCUCAAGAGGUAUUCGGCUCCGCUGUCGCUGACGGCGUUGAUAUGCUUCAUCGGGACGGUGCAGGCGGCAGUGCUGACGCUGGUGAUGGAGCGCCGUGCUGGUGCCUCCGCUUGGGCUUUGGGCUGGGACAACAAGCUCCUCACGGCCGUCUACUCGGGGACGGUGUGCUCUGGGGUGACGUAUUACGUGCAGGGUCUCGUGAUGAAACAGAGGGGCCCCGUCUUCGCCACCGCCUUCAGCCCUCUCUUUCUCGUCAUUCAAGUGGCCAUGUCCUCCCCCAUCCUCCACGAGCCCAUCUUCUUGGGAGGGAUAAUCGGUGGAGUUGUCAUAGUGGUUGGGCUGUAUGUUGUGCUGUGGGGCAAAAGCAUGGAGUACGUGCGACCCGUUAUGCCAGCAGCAGGUGAGAAUGAGCCUGACCCCGAGGCAUUGGCAGCCUCGGCCAAGGCUGGCAAGUCGAGCGGCGCCACCGGAGAUGGAGAUCUCAUGGAGGUGCCGCCGGUGGCGGCGCUGCCUAACUGUGACUGCAGAGCUGAAGCGGAUUCUUCAUAUGCUGCUAAGUAGUAAUCUUAUUCAACCAGAUCAAAACUUAGUCUGUGUGCAUAUGUGUGUGUGAGAAGGUUUGGUGCUCCUAGCUCAAUCUGUCAACUGCUGGUGAGUGGUCCAUGUGUGUGUGGGUAUGCUUUAUUUUGUGUCUUUGUAAGUAAUGCGUGUUGCCGACGGUCUCACUCACAUGGGUACCAUGCACCUGGUACUGUAUUAUAGGUGUACAAAAGAUGAUGUUUCCCAUUAUCAACAUAUAUAAUAAAGAUGAUGUGAAGGAUUCCUUU